AUGCAAUAUCCAAUAUGGCAUCUUUAGCGGUGUUGGUGUAAUUUGUUGAUGAAGAUGUUUUGAAACUCAAAGGUAGUUGUGGCUUGCUAACAGGCACGAAGAUUUAGGUGCAAUUGGUGAAACAAGGACCUUUGUGUACAUCUCUAGGUUGUAGUUAAAGAAAUGGGUAAACAAAACAGCAAAUUGAAACCAGAAGUUUUGGAAGAUCUCAGACAAAACACAGAAUUUUCAGAUGCUGAGAUACAGGAAUGGUAUAAAGGUUUUCUGAAAGACUGUCCCAGUGGUCACUUGAGUGUAGAAGAGUUCAAGAAAAUAUAUGGUAACUUCUUUCCAUAUGGUGACGCUUCAAAAUUUGCAGAACAUGUCUUCAGAACAUUUGAUGCAAACGGUGACGGUACAAUUGAUUUCCGAGAAUUCUUAUGUGCCCUUUCGGUUACAUCGAGGGGGAAGUUAGAACAGAAGCUGAAAUGGGCUUUCAGCAUGUAUGAUUUGGAUGGCAACGGGUACAUCUCACGACAGGAGAUGCUGGAAAUUGUUACAGCCAUCUACAAAAUGGUUGGCUCGGUGAUGAAGAUGCCUGAAGACGAAUCGACACCUGAAAAGAGAACGGACAAGAUAUUCCGUCAGAUGGACAAGAACAAUGAUGGGAAACUGUCUCUGGAAGAGUUCAUUGAAGGAGCUAAGAGUGACCCGUCCAUCGUACGGCUGCUGCAGUGUGACCCACAAGCACAGUGAACUGACUCCAGAAAUGGUUUAAACUGACAUAGUGCUGGCUGGCUCAGCCAUGUGGUCAGGUGACCACUGCAUUCUUCAUGGGGAUCCGGUGCAAGAACUAUAAACUUAGACCAUGUUUAACGAGAUGGUGCAUGUGGAAAGUGCAUUGCUGGGUCCAUCCUCCUGUAUGGAAACAACAAUACUCUUUCUCGCUGAAGGGUUUCGGCUAGUUGUGUGGGAGUCCCUGCUUUAGGAAGUAAUGGGGGCUUCAGGGAACCUGCAAUCUUUAUAUUUAAUUUAAUGAGAGGAACAGUAUUGGUGUGACACACUGUGCUGUACUGGCGUGACUCCCUAUCGUGUGUAUGAGGAUGAAUGCUAGUAAGAAUGUGAUCUUCAGCUGUUUUUUAUUCUGUUUUGCCAAGGGUUUCGUCCCCACAGUUAACAAGUUCCAACACACAACUGCAAUUUGCUGGUUAAUAAAAUUAAGCCUGAAUGGAUAAAGUGAAUUUCUUUCUCUGUUUUACCUUCAUAUUGUAUGGAAUGUGUGCCAGCAUGAAACACUCAGUUUCCUGCAUCUGUCACAUGAAGAUGGAUUGCAUUACAUCUUUUAGGCUGAUUAGGAAGGAAGAAUACUUUUAUAGACACCCUCUAUAAAAAAAAAUUUAAAUGAUGUCAUUUCCCUCAGUAACCCCUUCCGUGGUAUUCUUGGAACUUCUCAUGACUCACUCUCUGUUCCUAAUUGGUUUAUCCCAGAAAUCUUUAUGGCACAUUGGACUACACUUUUUGUUAUAUCAUGAUGUCUUUCUGGGCUUUAUGACAAUUUUGUAUGUAGUUUUUAUGUUUCUUAGAAGUUGGCAGCAGCAUAUGGAAUCAUUUGCCAUGGCUUUCUGGAUGCAAUAACAAUGUAUGUUGUGUGUCAGGGAACAGUGAUUGAAUGUAAGUCAGCACUGAAGGGCUUAAGCUCAUGGUAACACAUGAAGUGACCAGAAAACAAAAUAUUAGUUAAAUUGGUUGGGUUACAUUUGCUCAUUCUGCAACAAUGAAAGUAUAUCGUAAACAUAAAUAAGCAGUAGUUCUAAUCUGAAUGCAGAACAUACUCGAUAUUUAUAAAAUUAUCCCACAGUAAAGGAAUAUAGUAAUCGAAUGUAUGACUGAUACAUAAUGAUUAUGUUUCUGAAUUUGUUCCACUUUGGAACAACCUGAAAACUAUGUACAGUGCAUAUGAUGCCUCAUUCCCUUCACCAAGUGUUGAUAGCUGGUAUCAGUGCAUCUGCACAGAGACGUUUCUUCUUGUUGAGAAGUCCUGUGUGUGGUCGUCACUCUCCUUCUCAGGAAUGUUUUGCAGAAUGUUUGAUCCAAAUGUAUGUACUUGUUGGUUGAAACAUUUUGGAAAUUUAAUGAUGGUGUUGUGUGAAAUAAUGUACAUUUAUUUUGAUGGAAUUGCUAGGCAAUAAUUCUUGUAUGACUUGCAAUCUUGCCCUUUUCGUUCUUGUACUGAACCCCACCCACAUGAGUUAGAACUUUUUCCCAGGUUGUGUGCUGCCCAGACUGGGGUACUUCCUUACCCUCCUGUGGCAUUACUUUCAAACAAUUUCAUUGUGUCUUCUAUCAGAGUAUGCUCACUUGUCACACAGAGGUCUAGUACACAGUUACAUGAUUCCACCCGUCAGUUUUCUAAGGCACAAAUAUUUGGCAAUCCCUAGAAAAGUGUCAGCACUACAGACCCCCUAUCAGUUGUAAAUUUUGUAUGCAAACAGGAUGUCAUACGCUGUAUUUACAUUCAGUCUUACACUUGUUCAGUUGUGUAGGGCCCAGUGUAUGGAGGUCAUCAACAGUUUGGUUUGCUUAAACUUUUGGAAUGCAGAACUUUUUAGACAGCUUGAUCCUAAUAGCACUUUCCAAGGACUCAACUGUAAAAUAUGGACCAAGACCCUCUUUAAAGCUGUGAUGGACAGCAGAAAUUUUUUAAUAAGAAUUGAUUGUUUUGUCUUUACAAGCUGUUUUUUCUGACUGUUGUGAAUUUUAUGUGUGUUUCUGUGUCCUUCAUUUAAUUAUAUUCCUAUGUGCUGUGUGACCAUUUUUCAGUUGAUGAUGCUUCCCUGUGGCAUUGAAAUGAUUAUUCCAUGUUAAUAUUUACCAUUUCCAGCUAGUGGCGAUGCCAUCAGUUUGAGAAGCAGUAGGUACAAGUCGGUGAUGUUCUUUCUCUUAUAAUAAGACACUUGGCAGUUUUGUUGCUCGGACUAAACCAACAUCUCAUUGUGGUAAGCAAUAAUGAAUACUGUUUAAUUCAAUACAUAAAUGGUUCAUAUAAUCAAGAAGACAUGAACCACAAUGAAGACAGUUUCAUGUAAGUAGUUUUAAGGAGUUAAGCUGUGUUGUUUGUGACAGUUUCCAUAUGACAUAUUCAGUUCAAAGAAAGUCUGAGGUUUCUAAACAUGCACUUGACCAUCCUGUGUUUAUAUUACUGAGACCCAAACAUUGAAGUUAUGGUCUUCUGGGGUGGAGACACAUACCAGCUUUCUUCCAAAACACUGGUACCUGUGAACCAUGUCAUAUCCCAGCAGACUGUAGUCUUGAUGUUCACUGCCGUGUGAAACUCAGGUCUCACGCGAGAAGCAAGUACUUCGGUUUUCAGGCACCUGAGUUUCUUCAGUCAUGAAAUGCGAGUUUAAAGGAUGAUAUCGAAUUACUUGCUUGAAAAUAAUUUGGUGUAGUUUGAGACAAGCAGAAUCAUCCCUUACCAGUCACCUCUGCCAGAAUUUGCACACAGUGGGAGAAAGUCCUGUGUGCCCACCAUCACCAACUAAGGGAAGUCAGCAUGGACAAGAAAGUGAUGAACUUAAUAUAUUACAUAGUAAAAACAUAUAACAUAAUGGACAGAAAUGAUGUACAAGGCCUAAUUUGACAAUGAAUGAUUAUAAUCUAGUCCAUAGACUAUAGUAUUUUUUUUAAUCAGCAAUAUCUUUGCCAUUUCUUCAAUUUAAUAUAAAGGAAGUAAUGAAAUGGUGCCAGGAGCCACCUGUGUAUUGAUGGUGGUUCUUCAGUUAAUUACAUAAUUUGAAAAGUUAAUUCUAUUGCAAGUUGGAGCAAUUAAUAUAAAAUUCAAACAGUUUGGUUAAUAAACAGUACACCACAGAUAUUGGGUGAAUAAGUUUUAUGUUUGGUUUAUGUUCCCAGUAAAAGUGUUUGCCUUGAACUGUGAAGAUUCUGCAUACUAACAGAUGUACAGUGUGAUACAUACACAGACAUUCCAAAUUCAGGAGUAGCAAAGGACUGGAGUUAAUGUCACAGCUGAAAAUUAAUGUUCUCUAUAAAUGGCAGGGUUUCUUAUUCACUGCUUUGUGACUUAGGGUGUGAUGUUUAUUGAUCACUGUUUGUGCAUAUAAAAGCACAAAGUAAGAGCACAUUUAUACAUUUUCCCGCGUAAGCGUUGUUGUACGUUACCAUGUUCUUCUCUCGGAAUUUUCUCCUAAUAAUUAAUGUAAUCUUUUGGCAGACGUGGACUUUGUAAUGCCUCAUUGGUGUUUCCUCCAUUGAAGUGUUUACUUCAAAAACUUGAACCAGUUCAUGAACCGUCAUUGUUUUGUGGAUUUUAUCAUACGUUUUUAUGUAUAACAGUCCUGAAGCUUUGAAAUAUCAUUAUUUGUAAAAUUACCUUCAUUGAAUUAAAGUGUUACGAGAAAAAUGCAUGUACGUUACUUCCAUAAUAAAAUCUUACUGUUAAAUCAAUACCAUUAUAAACAGAGAUUGAAUAUAAUCUUCAAUAAAAUCAUGCAGUUUGACAAGUUA